GGUAUCACGUUUGGUGCCCUGGGUAACAGUGGCUGUGACCUGCGACGGCAGUUCACGACAGCUGCGCUCGUUCGCAGUACCAGGCACAGCAGUUAGCCUGUGACGGGGCGAAGGCGAGCCGCGGGCCCGACUGCUUCCCACCUACAACGACAGCUUUUGAUAGCGAUAUUUGUAGAGCUUCUAAAGCACUACAAAGCCAUACAGGUCUUUCGCGUGGCUCCACCACUUCGCCAACGCAACGGAUCUAAGCGGCCAUGCACGCAAGAGCCUUCGCACAUAAGAAGUCGACUGGUCAUGGUGUACUGUUAUCUUCACACAGAAUUCUACACAUCUUAGCUCAGUCAAACACCAGACGAGUGCACGGAACCAGGAGCUGAGUCUCAAACAUGUCUCGCAGCCACAUCGUCGCAGCAGCCCUGUGCUGUUGUGCAAUGCUUGCAGUAGCAUCUGCAAGCCCUGCUGAUGGCCUGCAGCAUGCGCUGCAGCGGGUCCUGGGCAGUCCCGACGCAUUGAAGGCUCUGGCUUCUAUGCGUACCGACUGCAGUCAGCACACCGGCUCUCGCGCUCUCCUGGCAACUACUUCGGCCAGCCUUUGCACCUAUUCGUCGUCGACCGGCUGCGACCUCAACGCGGAUUUCGUCACCAGUCUGGGAGUACCGCAGACGGAUACCCAAAAGCUGCUGGCGUACACGUCCGUCCUCUCCUACAACUGCUCGAAGCUAAUGACGAAGGCGUCCUGCAACGGCACCUGCGCUUGGACGUCGACCUCCAGCACCACCGGCGUCUGCACCGUCAGCGACACCUUCUUCUCGCUGUCGUGGCUCCGCGGCAAGGCCUACUGCGCGGGCUCGCCAAUGGACGUUGCCAUCACGUGUGGCCAGUACGUCACGCAGUCGUCUUGCGGCAGCGGCUGCGUCUGGCAGCCAGCCUCGUCCGCCAGCGCCGGCGCUGGCAGCACCGCGGCCUUUGCCGCCUCCUUCACCGGGCUGUUCAGCGGUUUUGGCGGCAGCAGCGGCAGCUCCGUGAACGUCACUGGCACUUGCAUGCCCAGCUGGAUCAAUGACCAGAACUUCAUCACCAGCCUUAUCAACAAGGUCGCCGCCGCUGUCUCCACAUCUACCUCAACCACCACCACCGCGAGCAGCUCUGGCGCCACAUCCAUCCUGGGCCCCAUCUUCGACGACCUGUUCGGCACCUGCUCCGGCGUCUCCGGCUUCAAGGCCAUGCUGACGACCUGCCCCACCUACAAGAACGCCACCACCUGCAACGCCGCCAGCGGCUGCUCCUGGAGCGGCUUCGGCUCGUCCGGCAGCUGCGACAUUGGCGAGGGCGCGUUCGGCAUGGACCUGCUGAUGGACCCCAACGACUCCUGGGUCAAGCAAGUCAACAACGCCACCGCCACCUGCACAUCCAAGACCUCCUCGGUGGCCUGCUCCGGCGCCGGCAACGUGAAUGUGGACACCUCUGUCUACACCACCACCAGCUACGUGUCGGCUGCGCAGCCCUCAUACGUGAGCAGCGGCGGCGGCGGCGCGGCGGGCAUGGCCGCCGUCAGCUCGCUGGUCAGCCUGAUGGCCGGCGGCCUGUUCGCGCUGUUCUUCCUGCUGUAAAGGAGAUGCGGACAUUGGACACAGGAACGGCGCGGUUCGCAUGUAUUCGUAAAUGCACACAGCGUUGCCAGGCGGGUCCUGUGAAUUCGCGAGACCUGGUACAGCAUCCUGUGGGUGUGGUCCCACCACGAUCUUUCUUGUGUGUCACGUGCCCUGAUAUGCACGCCGGAUAUGUUCAUACUUAUUCUAUUUUUGACCUGCAUCCAGCAAAAGUGUACUGACUGCUGGCGGACUAGCGGAAACACAAGUAGACUGGAAUGUGGGGCCUCACGGACACACUGGGAAGCUGGUCGAAGGCGUUACACGUCUCCAUACAAGUAGGCCUAUGUCAGUAUGGCCUCCUGUUAUAACGUAAAUAAGGCAUAUGUUACAUGCAUUCCACAUGCUUACUUUGACGGUGUUACUGGGCUGGUGGCAGCUGGUUGGUACCCCCCCCCCCCCUUUUGAAGGGCGUACUUGAAAGGUGUGUUGCAAUGAGCUCGUACAUAACAAAGCCUAGUCACGGCAUGUCAUCCCCGAGAACACAGCACCGUCACGGGCUGGGACGCCGGGGAGGGCCGAAUGUCAGGACAGGUUAUCGCUACCCAUUUAUGCAUGCGUGUUUUAUCCGGCGUGAUGUUCGGACCGUAGCAAGUGUUCGUCCAUUCAGGGGCAGCGCAAUUGCCGGUACCGCGUUGCGUCACAUGUAACCAAGGGUCGCAUGUAGUCUGUGCGUGCACUUCUGGGCGCGGGCCCUAUGUACUGUUCAGUACAACACUACGGUAGGUCCCCAACCAAGCAUGUGUCGUUCUGCUCGUCCUGACCGUCCGCUUCUGGGGGUCCUUAGACACAUGCAUCAUUUCCGCGCGGUGCGGUACUUAUUUCCUAUGUCUCUCCAAUGACGUGUAAUGGCAGCUGGGU